AAGGCGCUCAUCGAGGCUCUGAAGCGGCCGGUUGCUGCUGCAGCAGCAGCAGCAGGGGGAGCAGGAGCAGGCAGGCGGGCGGUGGACUACUGGCGGCUGCUGACGGUGCUGCAGGCGGCGCAUGUGGCGGUGUGGCACUCGGCGUAUGAGGGCGGGCAGGGGGAGGAGGAGGAUGCAGCUACCUCGGAGCUGGCUGUCUGGCUGUCCACCUACCUUCGCUGCAUGGAGCAGGCGCUGCGGGGGCGGCAGUCGCUGGUGAUGCGGGUCAAGGUGUUUCUGGCGGAGGCGCUGUCGCACUACGAUGC